UUACAGUUGUAUAAAGCCGGUAUGAACUUUUAUUUCGUUAAUUUUCUUUUCAAGUGCAAGUUUUGUUAAUAAUUUAUGUUUGUUUAUAACAACACAAUUAACAAUUAAUUGGUCUAAAAUGUCUAAUAAUAAAAAUGUUAAAAAAAAUAAAAAGAAUUCAAAUCAAUCUAAUGUACGAUCAAAAGAUGCUCAUAGCUUGAACGAUGAAGAGGUUUAUCGGAAAGUUAAAAGACAGAAAUUUAAUCAUAACAAUGAAGAAAAUGAUUUAAUUAAAAAAAUAAAAGUAGACUCAACAAAAACUGUUAAGUAUAAUAAAUGCACUAUAUGCAAUCAGAGGUUAUGUCACUUGAAAAAACGUGAUCCAAUGCCUCAAGGUACUGUUGAUGAAGUUGUUGCAUUAGUUGAUAAAAAAUUAUCAUUAACUGCUGAUGAUGAAUUUGAUGAUUUUAAACCCACUUAUAAAUUAAUCAAUUUCAGUGUGUAUGAUGCAAAUGAUCAUUUGUGUAGAUUUGAUACCGGUUUGAUAGAAGCUAAUGUUUAUCUUUACUGCAGUGGUUGUAUUUUACCAAUUUAUGAUGGAGAUGUAUCAAAUCAAGAACUAUCUAAUGGAGUCAUGGCUGAGAAAAUUGGUCCGAUUAAUGAAUGGUAUGUAACUGGAUUUGAUGGAGGACCACAGCAGCCUAUUGGAAUUAGUACUCCAUAUGCUGAUUAUUAUUUAAUGUAUCCAACUGAAUCUUACAAAGAGUACAUGGAUCCAGUGAUUGAAAAAAUAUAUUUAAGUAAAGUAGUAAUAGAAUUUCUCACUUCCCAAGAUAAUCCUACGUAUGAAGAUCUUCUGGAUGAAUUACAGACUGUAGAAUUGCCUGAAAGAAUUGAGCGCUUUACUGAAGAAACUUUGUUAAAAAAUGCACAAUUUAUUUGUGAUCAGGUUAUUUCUCUUGAUCUGAAUUCAGAUGAAGAUAUCUUUCCUUUGCUUUCUACAUCUUGUAUGCGAUCUCUGAUAAAGCUUACUGGUGUUACGAUUGAAAAUAAUAAGAAACAGUCAAAAAUAAAUGAUACAUCUCCAAUCAAGAAAAAAUCAUCUCAAGUUGUUCUGACAAAGUUAAUUCAUCAGAUUGUUAAUAGAUUUUUUGUAAAAACCCAAGAUCAAAGUGAUGAAAUAUUCGAUACAGUCCCAUCAAUAGAUUCUGAGAAAAAUCAUGUUCAUAAGAAAAAAAAUAUUAAAUCAACGAAAAGUAAAAUUGAAACAAAUAGAAAAAAAUGUUUACAUAAAACUAUGGAGGCAAUUGAAGAUGACUCAGACUCUGAUGAUCAAGUAGAGAAGUCAGAGUGUUUUAAAGAAUUUAAAAAUUUACCUGAAAUGCUGAGUAGUAUAAAAAUUUCUUCGAAAAAAUUUCAAUGGAAAAGCUUGCCUAUUUUUGAAGAGAAAAAUCGCACUUAUUACAGUGAGUUCUCAUUGGAGAAUAAUUAUGAAACUAUAUAUAGUUCUAUCAAUGGGUUUGUGAAGAUAAAAUCAAACAAUCCCCGUUUUGAAGUAAUUUCUAAAAUUAUUUCUAUGUGGGAGGAUCGGGAAGGAAACCAAAAAGCUCAUGUUAAUUGUUUUUAUAAUAGUAGAGACUCUAUUUUAGGUAAUUUAGGUGAUAAAUAUGAAUUAUUCUCAAGUGAUUUGUGUGCAGAUAUUAUGUUAAAAGCCAUUGAUAGUCCUUGUACUGUCAUUUAUCAAAAUAUACCCACGAACUGGAAUAAACUUGGUAAUACAGAAGCUAGUGUAUGUGAAAAAUCAAGAUGUGAAGCAAAUCCUGUUUAUUUUUAUCGGAUGCAUUACAUACCAGAAAGUGCAAGAUUUGAAUAUCCUAACUUUGAUUGUACUUCAAAUUUAAAAAGCCCUAAAUAUUCAGAAUCUUCAACAAAUACUCGUAACAUAUCAGAAAAAAAUUAUUUCCAAGGUUGUUUAGUAUGUCGACGAAGAAAUGAGAGCAAAAGACUUUCAAGACCUAAGCUUCUUGAACCCAAUAAAGCUGUGAGUGCUGAUAAAAUAUUUUUUAACUGUAUUGUAUAUAGAAAUGAAGAGUAUCGUCUGCAGAAUGGUGUAUAUAUUUUACCGUCAUUUGUAAAAUAUAAAUACAAAUUUUCUAUUCCAAAUAAUCAACGAUCAAAGCAAGAUGUUGAUGAUGAGAUUUAUCCGGAGUAUUAUAGAAAAUGUUUGAUAGGAGAUCAUGUUAAAGGAUCUAAUUAUGAUACACCUGAACCCUUUGCUAUAGGAUGCAUCAAAGCUAUCUAUGUAUCAAUACAAAAAGAAAGUUUGAAAAAUAUUGAUGAAGAUACUGAUGUAGAUCCUAAGGAUGUAACAAUAUUAAUCAACAAAAUGUAUAGAAGUGAAAAUACUCAUCAGGGAUCAUCACUAACUCCGAAAUCAGAUUUUAAUUUAUUAUUUUGGAGUGAUGAAGAAUGUGAAAUUCCUUUUUCAGCAGUGAUGGGAAGGUGUGAAAUUAUUUAUAGGUCUUCAAAUGAAUCAAUUGAUGAAUGGAGUCUAGGAAAAUUUCAUAAAUUUUAUUUUAAUCAAUCUUAUAAUGCUGAUGAAGAAAAAUUUCAUGAACCAUCAGAUGAAGUACGAUCAAUAGGUUCUUCAAUCCUUCAAAACAAUAAAGAAAAAUUUACCAAAGUUAAACCAUUAAAAACUCUAGAUAUUUUCUCAGGAUGUGGUGGAUUAUCUCAAGGCUUUUCAACCUGUGGAAUUGCUGAUGUGAGAUGGGCAAUUGAAAAAGACUCAUCUGCUGCCAAAGCAUUUAUCAAAAAUCAUUCAAAUGUAGAAAUGUUUGAAGGAGAUUGUAAUUAUUUGUUAAAAAAAAUUAUUAAUAAUGAAAAAGUAAAUUUUCCAAAAAAAGGUGAUAUUGAACUUUUAUGUGGUGGACCUCCUUGUCAAGGAUUCAGUGGAUUAAAUCGUUUUAAUUGUAAUCAAUAUUCAUACUUAAAGAAUACUUUACUCUUCACUUUUUUAUCAUAUUGUGAUUAUUUUCGACCGAAAUUUGUUGUAAUGGAGAAUGUACAGAACUUUGCUCUACAUCAUAAGGGUUUGAUGUUAAAGUUAGCUAUAUACUGUUUUUUACAAAUCGGAUACCAGUGUACUUUUGCCGUUUUACAAGCAGGAAAUUUUGGAUUACCUCAAGCUCGAAGAAGAAUUAUUUUACUAGCUGCUGCACCAGGAUCAACAUUACCAAUGUAUCCAGAGCCCCUGCAUGUGUUUAGUAAACGCAGUUGUCAGCUAGAUGUUGUUAUUGAUGGAAGAAAAUACUCUCCGAAUUUUUUUUGGAAAGAUUCAGCACCUUAUCGAACUGUUUGCGUUCGAGAUGCUAUUGGAGAUUUACCGAAAAUCAGAAAUGGUGAUAACAAGAUGGAUAUUUCGUACGAAAAUGAUGCACAAUCACAUUAUCAAAAGAAAAUGAGAAGAAAUAAAAUUUGUGGUGAUACUAUAAUGGAUCAUAUAUGUAAAAAAAUGUCCCCUCUUGUAGAAGCUCGAAUAGAAAAUAUACCAACAAAUGCUGGAGCAGAUUGGAGAGAUAUUCCAAAUAUUAUUGUUAACUUAAGUGAUGGUUCUGUUACAAAAAAAUUAGAGUAUAAAUAUAAAGAUCAUUUAGGAAGAUUGAAAGGGGUCUGCUCUUGUGUAAUUGGAGAAAAGUGUAAUCCUGAUGAUCGACAAGAGAAUACUUUGAUUCCUUGGUGCUUGCCUCAUACUAGUCAUAGGCAUAACGGUUGGGCUGGUACCUACGGCCGCUUGGAUUGGGAUGGCUUCUUUGGUACAACAAUUACGAAUCCUGAACCUUUAGGAAAACAAGGUAGAGUUCUACAUCCAGAUCAAAGUCGAGUAGUAAGUAUCAGAGAAUGCGCUCGUUCUCAAGGAUUUCCAGAUAAUUACUGUUUUCAUGGAUCUGUAAUUGAAAAGUAUCGACAAAUUGGUAAUGCUGUACCACCACCCCUUGCUGAAGCAAUUGGAAAUGAAAUUCUAAAAAUUCUAUGACAAUUUUAGUUUUAAUAAAAAAUGUUUAAAUAUUUCUUAAAAUUUUUAUAAAAAUUAGUCAUAUAAAAACAUAUAC